UUCAGCCUCGCAUCGCUUAUAAAUUGCGUCGCACUUCAGAAAAUACUACUGCAAACCAGGGGACAAAUCCCGAAAUCCCGUGGCUUGAUUUCAGGCCCACCCACCCGCAGAGCAGCAUGACUAAAGAGGAGAGCGGCGAGGUGGACGAGGCCCAGCCGGCCCCGGAGUUCACCAGCCCCGUCCACGAGCCCCGCAGAAGGCCCAUGGUGCACCCCUCCGCACAGGCCCCCCUUCCCAAAGACUACGCGUUCACAUUCUUUGACCCAAAUGACCCGGCCUGCCUGGAGAUUCUGACGGACCCGCGCACCACGAUCCCCGAGCUGUUUGCCAUCAUCCGCCAGUGGGUUCCACAGGUGCAACACAAGAUCGACAUCAUCGGCAGUGAGAUUUUGAAGCGUGGUUGUCAUGUGAAUGACCGUGACGGGCUGACGGACAUGACUCUGUUGCACUACAGCUGCAAGGCCGGGGCCCAUGGUGUUGGUGACCCUGCGUCGGCCCUGCGUCUGGUGAACCAGCUGAUCUCGCUGGGUGCGGACGUGAGCCUGCGUAGCCGCUGGACCAACAUGAACGCGCUGCACUACGCCGCUUACUUCGACGUGCCCGAGCUCAUCAGAAUACUGCUCAAGGCCUGCAAGCCCAGAGUGCUGAACUCCACCUGCAGUGAUUUCCACUAUGGUACGGCGUUGCAUAUCGCCGCCUCUAACCUAUGUCUGGGAGCCGUCAAGUGUCUGCUGGAGCAUGGGGCCAACCCCUCUGUCAGGAACGAUAAGGGUCAGGGCCCGUCGGACGUGGUGCCGGACCCGAUGGACAUGAGCCUGGACAAGGCGGAGGCGGCGAUGGUUGCCAAGGAGCUGAAGCAGCUGCUGCUGGACGCCGUGCCGCUGAGCUGCAACCUGCCGCGCGCCACGCUGCCCAACUACGACAACAUCCCCGGCAACCUCAUGCUCUCCUCCAUCGGCCUCAAGCUCGGGGACCGCGUCAUGCUGGACGACAUGAAGAUUGGCACCCUGCGGUUCUGCGGCACCACUGAGUUUGCCAGUGGGCAGUGGGUGGGCGUGGAGCUGGACGAGGCCGAGGGGAAGAACGACGGCAGCGUCGGAGGGGUCCGCUACUUCAUCUGCCCCCCAAAGAUGGGACUCUUUGCUCCCGUCUCCAAGAUCACCAAGUUGUCCGACCAGACGCCCUCCUCCGUCACCUCCACCCCCAAGACCCCCCGCAUGGAAUUCCCCCGCCUCACCGGGAAGAUGAAGAAGGAGAAGAAAGAGAAGGAGAAGGAGAGAGAGAGAGAGAAAGCCCUGAGGAAGAAGUCCCUGUCCAUGGCCAGCCUGGACCCAGAUGGGGUGAGGGUGGACUUGGGAGACCAGGUGUUGGUGGCCGGACAGAAGAAGGGAACCAUCCGCUUCUACGGAAAGACGGACUUCGCCCCAGGUUACUGGUUUGGCAUCGAGCUGGAGCAGCCGACGGGGAAGCAUGACGGCUCAGUGUUCGGGGUGCGCUACUUCAGCUGCUUACCCAAAUACGGCGUCUUCGCCCCGCCCUCCCGCGUGCAGAGACUCGGGGGGCCAAAGGACCCGCAGGGAGACGGCACCCUUGUGAAGAAAGUCCAUCAAGUGACAAGUAAGUCAGAGACAUUGUCCCAGCCCAAGCGUCACUUCAAUGCGGUUAGGUCUCCCAAAGACAUCACAUCAGAGAGCUCCAUAUCCAGGUUGCUUUUCUGCUGCUGGUUUCCAUGGAUGCUGCGCGCAGAGAUGCAGUCUUAAACCAUCUCUUCUCUUCUCCUCCUCCCUCCCACGAUAAACCAACUCUUCUCUUUCUCUUUCUCUCUCUCUCUCUCUCUCUCUCUCCCUCUCUCUCUUUCCCUAUCAACACUCUCUACAUCUAUCAUCUAUCUAUCUAUCAGUGCUUCUUAUUCUCUCCGUCCCUAGUCUCUCGUUCCCCCUCUCCCCUGGACUGUCUAUCUGUUGGUGUCCUGCCCCCUUUGAUUUCUGCUUUGAUCUGAAAACCAAUCAAAACUGUUGUCAGUAUAGCUGCAGUGGUCCCUCCCUCCUCCCUGUCCCUCGAUUGCAAUUCAAUAGCAAAAACUAGUGCCUUGUGUAUUAACUAACAUCCUGCAUUCCGUUUAUUAAACUAAUGAAACGAACAAACAAUACUUAAAAAUAACAAUACUUAAAAACAGACUUGAAAGAUGCAAACCUUGGAAAAAUAAGAACCUUACUAAAGCCAUUUGUUUCUAAGUGACUCCAGCGUGAAAUCUUAAAGCCUUCUGAUCAUUGACCUGGGUAGCUUUGGGCUUAACUGCUGAAAAAGCUCUCUUUUAGUAGUUGCCAAAAACCACCUAAAGAACUUAGACCACCAAAAUAUGCUAUUAGCCAAUCAGAUCUUUGGUGAGGAUAUACCUCCAACUUGCCGAGGCUCUCUCAAGCAUCCCCCUCCUGUGGGAUUCUGACCAUGAUUACACUAAAAGAUCAGCUGGACCUGGAAGAGAUCUGGUACCGAUCUGAUUCAGGAUCAGCCGGAUCUCAGCCAGACAAGAGCCGGGUCAGGGCCAGAGCCGUUCUGGACUCAGGCGCCGUCUGAGUGUAUGUGUUGACUAAAUGCCUGCCUGCUCCCUCUGCUUCCUGUUUAGAGUCUUCAGCGCAGCGCUGACAGUGUCCUCCCAUAGUUCCACCAUUUUACUAUCAGGCUGGUGUCUCCAGCUACCUUCUCUCUGAUUGGUUGUGCGCUCAGAACAAGCAACUCAAGCUUAAGGAAACUCGUUAUCUUCUGUGUGAGCAUUACUAGAAUUGUCAAUUUGUGAGAUGUAAUAUUAUGAACCUAAGAGGCAUCGUAGAAUAUAAUCUACUCAAUAAUAGGCAUGCCACGUAUGGGCAGGGAUUCAGAUAACAUGGAAUAAACUAUGUAAGACUAUACAGGGUUUUUAACACCACUCACUGCUGCCCUCUGCUGGUGUGACAGUGAGCCUGCAUGGAGUGUGCUGUGUAGUGCAUCUCUGCAUCCCUGUGUGCAACCUCUCGUGUGGGAAUGCGCCAGCCUGGACGUACGUAGCAUACGCACAGCAUUCAUGCUAGACAAAACUCAGCUCCAGGUCUCUUCCUGGAAGGCUUUAAAGCCACUUCAUUGGUUCUCCGUCCUUGUUAAAGAAACACUUGUAGAGAUUCUCCAUUUUUAUAUUCUUCAGCUCCCUUACUGAAGGCAGGUUGAGCUGGAAUCAAUAGCAAAAACAGGGUGAGUCAUUUGUGAGGAGUGUAAAGGACUGAGUUUGGUUGAGCAGAGUUUGUAAGUCUAGCAAUAGGUUUGUGGGACGGGACCUUUUGAACCCCUCAAACCCCAGUUUUAGCCAAAACGUGGGGAAGGGAGCUUUCGGAGAGGUCCCUGUAUCAGUAGAGUUACACGUUCCAAAUGCUGCUCUGCUCUCCUCCUUCUGGACGACACCCUGACAGUCUCGCAGCGACUCCCAGUCAGAAAAACACGCGAGCUGGUGGUGGGGCCUUCCACAAGUGACCCAGGGAGCGUAGUUCUGUCCUAGAUGUGCCCACUAUACCACCACGCAUGUGCACCGUGUGCCAAGGUAGACGCCCGCUGCAGUGGUGCUGUGUGUGAUGUGCAACAGCCGUUAGCGCUCAGAGCCCGCGACAGCAGGGACGUGCCGUGUGAAACCUUCAGGAAUGCCUGCUAGUGCUAUAACACAUCGCAGUCGACGUUAGCGUCUCCACCUCAAGACCCACUCGCCCCACUCCCUCUCUCUCACACACUCUCCCCUUGCCUCCUGCCUGCCUUUCUGUCUGUCACACUUAGGUUUAAUGAGAGUGUGUGUGUGUGUGUGUGUGUGAGUAUGUGUGUGUGUGCCUCUUCAAGACGAAAAAAAACAAAGUGGACAAAAAUAAGCGACAGUCCAUAGACUUCAAUAGGUCCGUGCUUAAUGUCUAACUCAACGAGUAUGUUGAUACUGACAAUAUUUAAUCUGUGUUAUCUUGCUACGUGACUCUGGAUAGUGUCGUUUUUUUUCCACUCUCUAUAUUAAAAACAUACUAAUGGUACUUCUGACACCUGAAGAGAAAGCACAUUAAGAGGGGGGCGUAAACGCUCCGGAGAUCUCUUUAGUCACACACGUGUGGUGAUCAUAUCCUGUUAACAACACUGAGAAACUGCAAAAAAAAAGAGUCCUGGACCACUACAUCUGACAGCUGACUGAUAUCUAAAUAGUCGCUCCUAAAUGUGGCCUCGAUCGCUGUGCCACAACCUUCAUAGUUCAUUCACCUUUUCAAUUUUGAGUUUUUGGUUUUUACUCCUUGUGGAGUUCUGGUUGUAGAUAUGUGUGAAAACUGAAAUAAUCACUUUACUCUGGUUAGAAUUAUGUGGCACCAAACAUUGACCACCAAACACCAUAGAACUCCUUUUUUUUUUUUGGUCAUUCUUAUUUUUUGUAGUGCUUGAAAUUGUCAUAUAAGAGGUCCUGGAAUAUUAUUUAUGAAUGUUUUAGAUGGAUAAUGUUAAGAUGCUGUAUACUUUUUACUGUUCAAUGACAAAGUAGUCUGUUCAAGUGUCAAGAGUUUGUAUUCCAGCGACAUUCCAGGUCUGCAGUAUGUCUACGGAUUAAAUAGCUGUGAAGUUGUUCACUAUUGAAGCAAAGUUUGUUUUACAAACAACUUCCUUCUCACUUCAUCCUUAUCCCCUGGAAAUAAUUAAACGUUUUCGUCGUUACACUGUAAAUCGCUCAUCUCAUUCAGCUGUGAAGUUGGUCAACCAUUGCUUUUCAACUUUUCGUUUUUUCUUGUCUGAAAAAGAUAUAUUUUAAUAAUUUGAGGACAAACUUUUUUACGUGUUUAUGUUAAACCGGUUACGAUAUCCAAAUCGAUGUUUUGUGUCUCAAUGAUUUCAGAUAUGUGGGAAGUGUUACAGCUGGAUUAGUGACCGGUGUCAUAAACUAAUGCAUGCUCUCUCUCUCCCUCUCUUUCAUGAUAUAUCUUUUUCCAACUGUGUACCAGCAUGAAAAUGCUUAUAAUUAAUAUACUGACCGUGGACACUAAUAAAAGUUUGAUGUUUUUUUAAACAACGA